AACAGAGAGAGAGAGAGAGAGAGAUUGAUUGCGUGUGUUUUACACUGAGAUCCCCAAUCCCUCAAAUUUCCCUUUGUUUCUUUGCUGUUUUCCCUUUGGGAUUAGAAUCACAGAUUCCCGUCUCGCUCUCAUCCCCGUAGAAAUCAAAGCUCUUUCCUUUAACCGUCUGUAUUUCCAUCUCUCUCGUCCCUUUCGGAGUCUAGAGAGAGAGAGGGGGCAAAGUGGAAAAAGAGGAAGUGAAAGAGAAGAGAACCCACCAACGCGUGCAUUAAAAAACACGAGAGAGAAAAAUUGGAAAAGCAAAGCUUGACGAUUCGUUUAAAAUCCCACCACCAGCCACAAACCCUUAUCAUAGCUUAAGAGCAUCUCUCUCCCUCCCUCUCUCUUUUGUGGGCCUUUUCCUUUCUUGUUUUCUCCAGAGGUGUUUUCAGGUUUUCACGCGGGGCUGAAGGGUUUGGUGAGUUGUAGAGGUUCCUUCCCUCUCUGUGGCGAAAGAAAGUUCAUUUUGAUGGCAGAUAGGGUUCUUGUGAUGAUAUAAGUAUGUGGGUUCUCACGGGUGUAGGCAAAGUUUGUUCUUUUGCGUGAAGAAAUAAUUAACUUUUGGACAUAGAUUUCGAGUUUCAAGUGCUGGGUUGUUGAAUCACUUCCCUGUUUGGGCAUUUUGCCGGAGAAAGAAACGAGAGAAGAAGAUCUUCCGUUGCUUCCUCAUCUAACAAAUGGGGGAUCGUCCGAGAAACGGUGCAAUUUGUCCCAAGCUUCUGAAUUUGAUCCCUAAAGACAGAGAAUGGUACCAAAACGAGAAAUCGAGCAGCGCAUGUUGCAGUACAGAGGAGAAGAAGCUCGAGCUGAGGCUUGGAUUACCUGGUGAUGAUGAUUAUUGUUUGGAAAUGAAGAACACAGAGACAAGGAACAACAGCAAGAACAUGAAAAAUGCCAAACAUGACACAGAGGACAGCUCUCUGUUCUGUCUCGGUAACCACUUUUCGCCUUCCACAACCAGAACCAUAGCUGUUCCUCACAGCUCACAGAAACGAACUGCUCCUGGGCCAGUGGUGGGUUGGCCGCCAGUCCGUUCAUUCAGGAAGAAUCUAGCGAGUUCAAGCUCUUUGAAGGCGGGAAACGACUCCCCCAAUGGCGGACAGAACAAGCUCGAUGCUGAAAAACCAGUGGAACAAAAGACGAAAGGUCUGUUUGUGAAGAUCAACAUGGAUGGCGUUCCUAUUGGUCGUAAAGUCGAUCUCAAUACCUAUAACAGCUAUGAUCAGCUCUCCUCUGCCGUCGACAAGCUCUUCCGUGGUCUUCUUGCAGCUCAGAAAGAUUCCUCUGGUUGUGGAAACAAGCAAGGAGAAGAUAAACUGAUCACGGGAUUGUUGGACGGUAAUGGAGAAUAUACUCUCACUUACGAAGACAGCGAAGGAGACAAGAUGCUUGUUGGGGAUGUUCCAUGGCAUAUGUUUGCACCGUCGGUGAAGAGGCUGCGUGUGAUAAAAAGCUCCGAAGUUCCCUCUGCCCUAAUGUCUGGCGGCAGUAAGCAAGAGAGGAUGAAAAGCUGAAGGAACUUUUGCCGGAACCAAGAGGAUGCUGUUUCUUUCACUUUGGCGCUGAGUUUCUGGUCUUGAAUCCAUAUUCUUACAACUUCUUCAUGUACAUGUGGUUUGUCUACAUGCAAUCUUGUUUUUUUUACAUUUGAAUUUUGAUUUGUAUGAUUGGCUCCUCCCUUUUGGAUUCAAACAUGAGUUCAUGAGACA